CUAAGCCUGAAAUGCCUCCCCCCAACUCCUUCAAUGCAAGUGACUGGACAGUAACUCAGUUUAAAAGAUUCAUCUUGAGGAUCACUCCUUUCCAGGAAGCAUCUAUAAUCUCCUCAAGCCAGGAAACAUUCGAUUGCUCUGAAUAUGGAAAUGGAUCUUGCCCAGAAAAUGAGAAAUCCCUGGGUGUCCGAGCUGCCAUGUAUUCAUUUAUGGCAGGAGCCAUAUUCAUCACGGUAUUUGGCAAUCUUGCCAUGAUCAUUUCCAUUUCCUACUUCAAGCAGCUUCACACACCAACCAACUUGCUCAUUCUCUCCAUGGCAGUCACUGAUUUCCUCCUGGGAUUUACCAUCAUGCCAUAUAGUAUGAUCCGAUCGGUGGAGAAUUGCUGGUAUUUUGGGCUUACAUUUUGCAAGAUUCAUUAUAGUUUUGACUUGAUGCUUAGCAUAACAUCUAUUUUCCAUCUUUGCUCAGUAGCCAUUGAUAGAUUUUAUGCUAUCUGUUACCCAUUACGUUAUUCCACCAAAAUGACAAUUCCAGUCAUUAAACGGUUGCUACUUCUCUGCUGGUCAGUCCCUGGGGCAUUUGCAUUUGGGGUGGUCUUCUCGGAGGCUUACGCUGACGGCAUAGCGGGCUAUGAUGUCUUGGUCGCUUGUUCCAGUUCCUGCCCAGUGAUGUUCAACAAGCUCUGGGGAACCACCCUGUUUAUGGCAGGUUUCUUCACUCCUGGAUCUAUGAUGGUGGGGAUUUAUGGCAAAAUCUUUGCAGUAUCCAGAAAACAUGCUCGUGCAAUCAAUAACUUGCCAGAAAAUCAAAAUAAUCAGAUGAGGAAAGACAAAAAAGCAGCCAAAACUUUAGGGAUAGUGAUGGGUGUUUUCUUAUUAUGUUGGUUUCCCUGUUUCUUCACAAUUUUAUUGGAUCCCUUUCUGAACUUCUCUACUCCUGUCGUUUUGUUUGAUGCCUUGACAUGGUUUGGCUAUUUUAACUCCACCUGUAAUCCCUUAAUAUAUGGUUUCUUCUAUCCCUGGUUUCGCAGAGCCCUUAAGUACAUUUUACUGGGUAAAAUUUUCAGCUCACAUUUCCAUAAUACUAAUUUGUUUACUCAAAAAGAAACGGAAUAG